AUGAGUUUAGAGGAGAAAAAGGCCGAUUACGAAAUCACUAAACAGGACUCCGAGUUCUCCACAGAAGUCGUUGACCUGGACAUCCUCGACGCUGGCGUCGACCAAGCUGCCAAGUAUGUCCGAGAUGACCUGGUUCUCGACGAGGCAACUGACCGCGCUUUGCGGUUCAAGGCAGACAUAUACAUCUGCUCGUUUAUGUGCCUUAUCUAUGCAAUCCAAUUCAUGGACAAAACUGCAACUUCCGCAGCUUCCGUCAUGGGGCUUAUUCAAGAUUUGCGCAUGGAAGGGAAAAUGUACUCCUGGGUUGGAAGUUCAUUCUACCUCGGUUAUUUAGUUUUCGAAUUCCCUAUGGGGUUCGUGCUUCAACAUUUUCCUCUCGCAAAGACAACAGGUAUCAUUAUCGCCGCUUGGGGGACAGUUGUCGCAUGUUCAGGUGCCUCGCAGAACUAUGCUGGAUUUAUCUCUACUCGAGUGCUUUUGGGAGCCCUUGAGGGCGGAAUCACCCCCUCUUUCAUGGUUGUUACCUCUCAAUGGUAUAAGAGGAAUGAGCAGUUUACCCGAACCUUGUUCUGGUUCGGGUUCAACGGUGUUGGAACCAUUCUUGGUGGAGCGAUUGGCUAUGGCCUGCUGGUCAACACCAGUCUGGCUAUUGCUGGAUGGAGACUUCUAUUCAUUAUUCUCGGUGUGAUAACCAUCGUUGCGGGUGUGGGCUUCUUCUUCCAUAUUCCCAAUAAUCCUUCAGAAGCGUGGUUUUUGAAUGAUACCGAGCGCUCAUUGCAAGUCGAAAGAAUUCGCAACAAUAAACAAGGAUACGGUAGUCCUAAAAUCAAAUGGUACCAAGUCAGAGAGGCUUUUAUUGAUCCGCGCACAUGGAUAUAUUUUGCGUUCCCAGUUGUAAACAAUGUGCCGAACGGAGGUAUCACAAACUUCCAGUCGUUGCUAUUGAAACAAAUGGGAUAUGAUUCUGAGGAUGCUCUUUUGUUGAGUAUGGUGAGUGGUGCCGUCGAAGUCGUUGGCUGUUGUGCGACAGGCGUGCUUGCGAUGUACAUCUGGAACAGGUUCAGAAUGGGCUGGGCUUUAUAUGGGUCAGCGUUCACAGUGAUGUCCUUGUGUCUGCUUGCAUGGUGUCCAACUCAGUCGGGUCAAAUGGCUGGCUUGUUCUUAUACUCGUAUUUCACUCCCCUGAGCUACAUUGGAAUUAUCUCCACUAUCUCCUCGAAUACCGCAGGUCGUACAAAGAAAACUGUGGCGUCUGCAAUGAUGCUGAUUGGUUACUGUGUCGGUAACUUGGUCGGCCCGCAGACUUUCAAGCCGAGUGAAGCAGCAACUGGCUAUCACACUGCAAAGAUCGCAAUGGCGGCAUGUUCUGUAGCAGCUUUUGGCCUGCAAGUCGCACUGACCCUGCUCAACUACUUCUCAAAUAAGAAGCGGGACCGCGAGAACAAAAAAUUGCCAAGCGAUAUUGUUAAUGCUGAAUUUGCUGAUCUUACAGAUUUCGAAAACCCUGAAUUCAGGUAUGAGCUCUAG